CAGAGGUUGGAGACAUAUUUAGUUGUCACAUCUGGGAAGUUGCUACUGGCAUCUAGUAGGUAGAGGCUGGGGAUAUUGCUAAACAUUGUACAAUGCAUAGGAAAGCCCCUAACAAAAAAUGAUUAUCUGACCAAUACAUGAAUAGUGAGUUGUUGAGAAACCCUGCAUACAGGAUGAGGACUGAAGAGAGGCUGAGGGACAUGUAACUUUCCCUUUAGGUAGGCACAUUUGGGAAGCUCUUGCACUGAGUCCGCCUCCUCCCCAGAAUCUGUAGCCAAGUACACUGAUGCCAUUGCUUGCUGUGCCCUUGAGAUCAGGAACGUUGGGGACCCUGAAAAUCAUAAACGCAAGAAAAAGUGAUUCAAGAGAGUGAAGCUGGAGAAGAGAAGUUUAGGGAGUACAAAACUGUCCUCAUGUAUUUGGGCAGUAUACCGGAUGGAAAAGAGAUCAGGGGCACCUGGGUGGCUCAGUUGGUUAAGUGUCUGACUUUGGCUCAGGUCAUGAUCUCACAGUUUGUGAGUUUGAGCCCCACAUUGGGCUCUCUGCUGUCAGCACAGAGCCUGUUUUGGAUCCUGUCUCCCUCUCUCUGCCCCUCCCCUGCCCAUGCUCUGCCUCUCUCUCUCUCUCUCUCUCUCUCUCUCUCUCUCUCUCAAAAAUAAAUAAACAUUAAAAAGAAAAGAAAAGAGAUGAGGUAUGCUGUGAGGUAUACCAUUCCAGAAGGCAGAACUAGGACCUAUAGGUAACUGGCAGAUUCUGAAUUUGAUACAAAGAACUGCUGUAACAACUAGAAUUGCCCAUAUCUUUGUUGAGACUCUGAAUGAAUGGUCAGACAGAUUGUAAUUCUAUACUACUUUUACGAUUCUUUUCAAGGACUCAGGGCUCCUUGUUUCUUAUCUAUGUAUAUCUAACUCAACAGGUUUUAUCCAUUUGCAUGUGCCACUGCUUAUUUCAGAUGUAAAACAAAGACUUGAUUUGCACAAAGCCAGAACAGAUACAUUAAAAGAAUUAUCAGAAAAGAAUACUACAUAGGCAGUAGCAGAGGAGGAAUGAUUGAACACAGCCUGUCGCUGUGCUACCACAACAAACUUAUCUUAGCCCCUAUGGUUCGGGUAGGCACUCUCCCAAUGCGGCUGCUGGCCCUGGACUAUGGAGCAGACAUUGUAUACUGUGAGGAGCUGAUUGACCUCAAGAUGCUUCAGUGCAAGAGAGUUGUUAAUGAGGUGCUGAGCACUGUGGACUUUGUUGCUCCUGAUGACCGAGUAGUCUUCCGCACCUGCAAAAGAGAACAGAGCAGGGUUGUCUUCCAGAUGGGGACUUCAGAUGCAGAGCGAGCCCUUGCUGUGGCCAGACUUGUGGAAAAUGAUGUGGCUGGGAUUGAUGUCAACAUGGGCUGCCCAAAAGAGUAUUCCACCAAGGGGGGAAUGGGAGCUGCUCUGCUGUCAGACCCUGACAAGAUUGAGAAGAUCCUCAGCACUCUUGUUAAAGGGACUCGCAGACCUGUGACCUGCAAGAUUCGCAUCCUGCCCUCGCUGGAAGAUACCCUGAGCCUUGUGAAGCGGAUAGAAAGGACUGGCAUUGCUGCCGUUGCAGUUCAUGGGAGAAAGCGGGAAGAAAGACCUCAGCACCCUGUAAGCUGUGAAGCCAUCAGAGCCAUUGCUGAAACCCUCUCCAUUCCUGUCAUAGCCAACGGAGGAUCUCAUGACCACAUCCAAGAAUAUUUGGACAUAGAGGACUUUCGACAAGCCACAGCAGCCUCUUCUGUGAUGGUGGCCCGAGCCGCCAUGUGGAACCCAUCCAUCUUCCUCAAGGAGGGUCUGCGACCCCUGGAGGAGGUCAUGCAGAAGUACAUCCGUUAUGCUGUGCAGUAUGAAAACCACUACACCAACACCAAGUAUUGCUUGUGCCAGAUGCUACGAGAACAGUUGGAGUCGCCCCAGGGAAGGUUGCUCCAUGCCGCCCAGUCUUCUCAGGAAAUUUGUGAGGCCUUUGGCCUUGGUGCCUUUUACGAGGAGAUGACACAAGAGCUGAAUGCCCGGCGGGCUGAGUUCUUAGCCAGGACCCCAGAGGCAGCGGGGGAACCAGCUGAAGACACCUCUGGUAUCAUUAAGAUGGCUGUCAAGUUUGACCGGAGAGCAUACUCACCCCAGAUCACCCCCAAGAUGUGCCUGCUGGAGUGGUGCCGGAGGGAGAAGUUGGCGCAGCCUGUGUAUGACACGGUUCAGCGCCCCCUGGAUCGCCUCUUCUGCUCUGUUGUGACUGUUGCUGAGCAAAAGUACCAGUCCACCUUGUGGGACAAGUCUAAGAAAUUGGCAGAGCAGGCUGCGGCCAUCGUCUGUCUGCGGAGCCGGGGCCUCCCUGAAGGUCGGCUGGGUGAAGAGAGCCCCUCCUUGCACAAGCGCAAGCGGGAAGCCCCUGACCAAGAUCCUGGGGGUCCCAGAGCUCAGGAGUCAGCAGUGCCUGGGAAGCUGUGCAAGAAGCCCUUUGGGGCCUUGGGAAGUGGUGAAGAGAGCCCCCUGGAAGGCUGGUGACCAUUGUCCCUACCUUGGCCAUCCUCCCUAGGGGCCUGGCCGUAAGUUGGCUGUGAGUGCAAAGCAUGAACCUGAUGCCAUUGGACAAAUUGCUGACUGUUCCUGGCAGGAGUUAAGAGGUCCUGGCCUGGUCCAUCAGCCUGAACCAAAGGGUUCCUAGGGUGCACAUCUUCCUUGGUGGAUCUGAGUAACAGGGCCAAGUUCCUAGUGACCUCAGUAUUUUCUUUGAAAACAGGAACUUUUUAGGUGGCACCUCCUCAACUUGACAUUGGUACAGUGCAAUAAAGACACCUCUACCCUUA